AUGGAACAGAAGUUGCAUCUGUUGACUAUUGAAGUUGACUCAGGACAAAAGGAACAAGCUGUUGAAUGGUAUAAGAAAGGAAUUGAAGAACUGGAAAAAGGAAUAGCUGUCUUAGUUAUUGGUCAAGGUGAUCAAUGUGAACGGGCUCGACGUCUGCAGUCUAAAAUGAUGACAAAUUUGGCAAUGGCCAAGGAUCGCUUGCAGCUUUUAGAGAAGCUGCAGGCAGUUUUGCAAAUUUCCAAGCCGCAAAUGGAGGUCUAUAAUGACAGUACUAACCUGGCAUGCCGCAAUGGACAUCUCCAGUCAGAGAGUGGAGCAGUUCCGAAAAAGAAGGAUCCAUUAACACAUACGAGUAAUUCCCUUCCCCGUUCAAAAACUGUUGCAAAAACUGGAUCUGCAGGCCUUUCAGGUCACCAUAGAACACCUAGCUACAGUGGGAUAUCAGCUUCUUCUGUAUCUAGACCAACAGCAAAUCCUGCAACUUCAACUCACAAGGCUGCUCCUAAAAACAGCAGAACAAAUAAGCCUUCAACUCCUACCACUGCUGCUCGAAAAAAGAAAGACAUGAAGAUAUUUAGAAAUGUGGACAGUAAUCUUGCUAAUCUCAUCUUGAAUGAAAUUGUUGAUAGUGGGCCAGCUGUCAAAUUUGAUGAUAUUGCUGGGCAGGAACUGGCUAAGCAAGCUUUGCAAGAAAUUGUUAUCCUUCCUUCUCUUAGACCUGAGUUAUUUACAGGACUUAGAGCUCCUGCACGUGGACUAUUGCUGUUCGGCCCACCAGGAAAUGGGAAGACAAUGUUGGCCAAAGCAGUUGCUGCAGAAUCAAAUGCUACUUUCUUUAACAUAAGUGCCGCAAGCCUAACUUCAAAAUACGUGGGUGAAGGGGAGAAACUGGUGCGGGCUCUAUUUGCAGUAGCCAGAGAACUUCAGCCUUCUAUAAUUUUUAUAGAUGAAGUUGAUAGCCUUUUGUGUGAAAGAAGAGAGGGUGAGCAUGAUGCUAGCAGACGUCUAAAAACAGAAUUUUUAAUAGAAUUUGAUGGUGUGCAGUCUUCUGGAGAAGACAGAAUACUCGUGAUGGGAGCAACCAACAGGCCACAGGAGCUUGAUGAUGCUGUUCUCAGGCGAUUCACCAAACGGGUGUAUGUAUCUUUACCAAAUGAGGAGACAAGAUUGAUUUUGCUAAAAAAUCUCUUAAGCAAGCAAGGAAGUCCAUUAACCCAAAAAGAGCUGGCCCAACUAGCUAGAAUGACAGAUGGGUACUCUGGAAGUGAUUUGACUGCACUAGCAAAGGAUGCAGCACUGGGUCCCAUUCGAGAACUAAAACCAGAACAAGUGAAGAAUAUGUCUGCCAGUGAGAUGAGGAAUAUCAAACUAUCAGAUUUCACUGAGUCUUUGAAGAAGAUAAAGCGCAGUUUGAGCCCUCAGACUCUGGAGGCAUACAUUCGCUGGAACAAAGAUUUUGGAGAUACUACAGUGUGAAACACUAUUUAAAGUGAGACAAAGUGCUGCCUAAAGAGCAGUUGGUACUGACUACUGGAAAGCAGCCAGAGUUUACAGGACUUUACAGAUCUUUAAGUAUCUGCACUAAAACUUGAGAUUAAGAAAAAAAAUAUACAAUGUGAAAAGCAUUCAUCAAGGCCUCCUUGCCUUUUAGUCAGGAUUUACACACUGUAAGUAAGAGCACAAUAAGACUUGGGAUAAGAUUCUUAGCAAUCCGAUCUUAGUUUGAACAGUAAUUUCUGUAUUUUGUUUCAGCUAGAAGGCUGUGAUGAUAUUAAUUGUGG